AUGGCAAUUUCUUUUCCUAAGCAUUUAAAGCCUUUAGAGCCUUCAGGCACUGUUCUUUUACAAGAAGAACGUAAAAAAGCUACCUUUCAAACCGCUCAGCUCACAAACUUUAUAUAUGGAACAGAAUACCUUGAAAAGAAGAAUCGUAUACAAAGCAUCAUGGAGAAUGACCCUAUCCUUGCUGAUAAAUCACACCGCUAUUACAGUGGAAGACUGGUUCGCUUCAGAAAGUCUUUGGCCGCGGCGAAGAGGCUUGUUGAAUUGUUAAAAGAGCACAAUUGGACGGAUGAAGAAUAUGGGAUUGCCGAUCUUCUGUUUGACGAGUCGAGUGCUUUUCGUCUACAUCGAAGUAUGUUCAUGCCUACGAUUUUAAAUCAAGGUACUGAAGAGCAACAAAAAAUGUACCUGGAACCUGCCAGACGAUAUGAGAUUAUUGGUUGCUAUGCUCAAACAGAGUUAGGUCAUGGCUCAAACGUCAGAGGGCUCGAAACAACUGCUACAUAUCAUCCAGUAACAGAAACCUUCGAACUUAACUCACCUACAUUGACUUCCGCAAAAUGGUGGAUUGGUGGGUUGGGUGUCGCUGCAACUCAUGCCAUAGUUAUGGCGCGUUUGAUCAGCCAAGGUAAAGAUUUCGGACCUCAUCCUUUCAUUGUGCAAAUUAGAAACCUUGCGAACCAUGAACCUUUAGAAGGUAUCACAGUCGGUGACAUAGGACCUAAAUUUGGUUUUAAUACCGUUGAUAAUGGGUUCAUUUUAUUUGAUCAUGUUCGGAUUCCCCAUUUUGCUAUGUUGGCACGCUAUGCUCGCAUUGAGAAGAAGACAGGUGAAUAUAUAACACCUCCUAAUUCUAAAUUAGCGUAUGGUACUAUGGUUUAUGUUCGAGCCAAUAUCGUGCUAGAAUCCCGUAAUGUGAUUGCUAGGGCAGCCACAGUAGCUGUUCGUUAUUCAGCCGUUCGUAUUCAAGGAUCAGAUGCCUCUAACCCCAAGAGAAUAACAGCUGCUGAUGGAUCAGAAAAGAUUGUCGAAACACCGGUUUUAGAUUAUACUAUGCAACAGUUCAGAUUAUUUCCCAUCAUUGCUCAAGCAUAUGCUUGUCAUUUCACAGGAAAAGAAAUGCAUCGUAUGUAUCAUGAGAAUCAGGAGCGAAUGGCUCAAGGUGAUUUCUCUUACUUGGCUGAUUUGCAUGCCUCUUCUUCUGGUCUGAAAAGUUUAGUAACUACUUUGGGAGUCAACGCUAUUGAAGAGUGCCGCAGAGCAUGCGGCGGACAUGGUUAUUCCCUCUUUUCAGGUCUUGGUCAAUUCUAUCAAGACUAUCUUCCUAAGGCUACUUGGGAGGGUGACAACUAUUUACUGACACAACAAACAGCCCGCCAUUUGUUCAAGACUUUCCGCUCUGUUCGUGCUGGCAAGAUUAACGACAAAAGCUCCACUUUCUCCUCAAAGUACAUUGCAGAAUACUUAUCAUUUCCUCAGGCGCAGCUCCCCGCCGCUUCCCCUCAAGACUUCAGUAAUUCUGAGGUUCUGCUGUCGGCAUUUAAAUACCGCACUGCCUAUUUGAUAGCUAAGGCCAUUCAUGCUAUCGAUAUAGAAAAAAUAACUUGGAAUGAUAUGUUGGUGGAUAUCUACCGUAUUUCACGCGCUCACUGUCAGUUGCUAAUGGUUUACAACUUUAUCAAUGCAACAUUUAACCGCAGCAGCAAUAAUAAUACAAAUGCAGCCAUCACGCCUCCUGUGAAAGAGGUGCUUCAACAAAUGGCCAUUUUAUUCAGUCUAUCGGUUUUAGACCAAGAAGCUGCUGAUUUCUUAACUUCCGGAUAUAUCUCAUCAACGCAAUUCACCAUGGCGAGAAAGCAACUCAUAACUGUUAUCAAGUCUAUAAGACCCAAUGCUGUAGCUUUGGUUGAUGCUUUUGAUUUGCCUGAUUAUUUGCUUAAUUCAGCACUAGGUGGGAGUAACGGUAAUGUUUAUGAAGUGAUGACAGCGAUGGCUGAACGAGAACCACUUAAUCAUAAAAAGGUGGCAGAUGGUUAUGACGAGUUCAUUCGUCCACUAAUCCAUCAAGGAAAAGCUUGUUGGUCUGUGGAUCAAAGGGGUGUUGCUCGCCUUUAA